CGGGGACGAGAGCACAUCAGCACACACACACAAGUCAAGACUCUCAAGUCACCAAUCGAAGCCUCCAGCCGCGGAUCAGAUCAGUGAUCCUACUAUCGUGGCGUGUGCAAACUAGCUCCAGCUCCGCCACCGCAACUCUCUCGUGACCAUACCGCAAUCCGUAAGCAGGUAGGUGCUGCCAUGGCUGCUGCGCCGGCCACCUUCGUCGUCGUCGUCCUGGUGACGGUUGCUCUGUGCGGCGGCGUGGGCCGCGCGCAGGACAUGGACAACGAGUGGGCGCGGUACCGCGGCUUCUUCGGCGGCGGCGGCACGCUGCUGCCGCAGUCGGACGUCGACCUGCUGGAGUUCCCGCUGAACCUCGAGUACCUGGAAACGGAGUUCUUCUGCUGGUCCGCGCUGGGCUACGGCCUCGACGGCAUCGACGUCAACCUCACCGGAGGCGGGCCGGCCCCCAUCGGCGGCCAGACCGCCGCCCUCACACCCUUCGUCCGCGACGUCGCCACCCAGUUCUGCUACCAAGAAGUCGGCCACCUCAAGGCGAUCAAGCAGAACGUGCGGGGAUUCCCCAGGCCGCUGCUGGACAUCAGCGCGGCCAACUUCGGCAAGAUCGUGGAGCAGGCGAUGAACAUGACGCUGGACCCGCCCUUCAACCCAUACGAGAACAGCCUCAAUUUCCUCAUCGCCUCCUACAUCAUCCCCUACGUCGGCCUCACCGGCUAUGUCGGAGCAAACCCCAAGCUCCUCACGCCUCAGGCCAGAAGGCUUGUGGCGGGGCUGCUGGGCGUGGAGUCGGCCCAGGACGCGGUGAUCCGGGCGCUGCUGUACGAGCGCGGGCUGUCGCGAGUGGCGAGCUACGGCGUCGGGGUCGCGGAGGUGACGGCGCACAUCUCCGAGCUGAGGAACCAGCUGGGCAGCAGGGGAAUCAAAGACGAAGGUCUCGUCGUGGCGCCCGGGCAGGGGCCCGAGGGGCAGACCGUCGGAAACAUCAUCGCCGGCGACCAGUUCUCGCUGGCCUACGACCGCACGCCAGAGGAGAUCCUCAGCAUCGUCUACGGCACGGGGAACCCUGCCCAGGCCGGUGGCUUCUUCCCCCAGGGCGCCGACGGCCGCAUCGCCAAAGGGUUGCUCAUGUAGUGUAGUCCAUCAUAUCAUCCCAGGCUCGACAUGGAUACAUCAGGGUUGUUGUUCUCGCAAGCUGUAGACUAUACAUCGAUCAUACAUGUGUGUGUUGUCCUUCUGCAUGAAAUUGGAUAUGUACAUGCAUGAUGGAUGCUAAUAAUCAAUAAAAGGAUUUGUGCAAGGCAAAAAA